AUGACUAGCAAUCUGACGAACAAUAUGUUUGUUCCACAAUAUAACAUCUUAGAUGAUAGUGCUGUUCAAGAGAAGAAUGCACCUGCAUCAUUAGUAGAUAAGUGUCCUAAAGUUAUUGCGUCAUUUAUUGAUACAUAUGGUUAUAAACCCGAUUUUAUAGCACAUUCACCUGGUAGAGUCAAUUUAAUUGGUGAACAUAUAGAUUAUGCAGAUUUCUCGGUAUUACCAUUAUCGCUUGAAAGAGAUAUGUUAUGUGCAAUAAAAGUUCACAAUUUACAAGAAAAUAAUAAUCCAUCAAUUACUUUAGCAAAUAAAGAUAAACAACGUUUUGCCGGUAGAAAAUUUGAUUUACCCUUAGAUGGAUCACAAAUAAAUAUUGAUCCAUCAAUUUCAGAUUGGUCGAAUUAUUUUAAAUGUGGUCUUUAUGUAGCACAAUUAUAUCUAAAAGAAAUAUGCCCUGAAAAAUAUAAUAUUCAACCACUAAAUGGUAUGGAUGUAUUUUGUCAAGGUGAUGUACCAGUUGGUAGUGGUUUAGGAUCAUCAUCAGCUAUUAUAUGUGCUGUAACAUUAGGAAUAAUUCGUGCUAAUAUGGGUCACGGUUAUAGAAUACCAAAAGCAGAUUUAUUAAGAAUUACAUCUGUUGCAGAACAUUACCUAGGUGUUAACAAUGGUGGUAUGGAUCAAGCUGCAUCAAUAUAUGGCCAAAGAGGUCAUGCAUUAUGUGUAUCAUUUAAACCUGAAUUAAAAGCCACACCAAUCCAAUUUCCAACAAUGAGUUCGGAUUGGGAUAUUGAAUUUAUUGUAGCAGAUACAUUAGUCGAAGUAAAUAAAUAUGAUACAGCAUCAACAAAUUAUAAUUUAAGAGUAGUUGAAGUAAUUAUUGCAGCAAAUAUAUUAGCAAUGCAUUAUGGAGUUGUUAUGAAUUAUGAUUUAAGUUCAAAUAUUAGAAAAGGUAAUUUAAGAGAUUUUAUGAAUGCUUAUUUAGGUUUACAUCGAUCACAGGUUAAAUUUGAAAUUAAUGAUAGUAUAGAAUCUAGAAUUAAUCAAUUGGAAUUAAUGUUAACUUUAACAGAAAAUUGUCUUGGUGAUAAAAAAGAUGGCCAUACAGCUGAUGAAGUUUCAAAAGCAUUGGAAUGUUCAAAAGAAGAAUUUACAAGAGAAUAUUUAAUGUUAUUCCCAAUUAGAUUCCAAACUUUAAAAAUUUAUAAACGUGCAAAACAUGUUUAUUCUGAAGCAUUAAGAGUAACAAAAGCAUUAAAAUUAUUUCAAGAGACAAAUAAUGAAACAAAUAAUUAUACAUUUUAUCAUAAUUUUGGUGAAUUAAUGAAUGGUUCUCAACGAUCCUGUGAUAAAUUGUAUGAUUGUUCAAGUAAAGAAAUUGAUAAAAUUUGUGAAAUUGCAUUAAACAAUGGAUCAUAUGGUUCAAGAUUAACAGGUGCAGGUUGGGGUGGUUCAACAGUUCAUUUAGUACCAAAUGGACCAAAUGGCUGUAAUGUUGAACAUGUGAAGAAAGCAUUGAUUGAGCAAUAUUAUAAAAUUCAAUAUCCAAACAUAACACAAGAUGUAUUAGAUAAUGCAAUAAUUGUUUCAAAAGCUGCACCCGGUAGUUGCAUAUUUGAAUGUUAA